GCUAAUGUUUGUUCAGCCGAUAAAAAAUCCGGCAACGAGAAUCGUAUAACACAAGAAGGUCUCUCAUUGGAUUAUCAUGUGAGACUCGACGAUGAUGCACUCGAUGGUGAGAAUGCGGAUUCGUCAGAUGUAAUAAUUUCCCGCGCAAUUCACCGUGCAUGUCCACAUCCCAACUCCACGAUAUGGAAGAUUGUGGAUAAAACGAGUAAAAAUGAGUGCUACGGAAACGAAAUGAACAUUUUAUUUACGGGCGGGUGGGCGGAGUAUUGUCAGAAGGGGGCGAUGAGAAGAUUUGGCAACAAAGCGUUUUGUUAUACGAUGGGCAUAAACACUUCACGGACAUCCUUCUUUCUCCCAAAAUACUUAAUAAGUGCGCACCCGGGUGCCGCCUAUUCUGAUGUGCAACUGGGGCAAUGA